AUUUUAGCUGUUUUACGUAUUAAUGUAUGCAGCCUAUUCCGCGUUUAGAGCAACAGUACGAUAACGCGUGGUUAAAAGCUCGUCUAGAGCUUCCCGCCUGUUACUACUCGAAUUUCAAGAAAAACCUAAAAAUUGUUUCCAAUCAAAGUUCCAUCGAAACGAGUUAUUAAAAAUCCCCAUUGUUCCUCUCCCGCAUGCAGAAAAGAGAAGGAACAAAAAAAAAUCACGUCGUACCAGAUAGUCUCCACGGGCUUUAAUUAUCCGGCCAAGCAGGAAUCCAAACGAUCCAUAGCAACGACGACGACGACGCGGCUCGUGUGCGUGUCUCGUGCUUCUUUCUCUCUCUCUCUCUUCUCGUCCUCCCCUGUGUAUACUCGAAGCCACGGAAACCAUUGGUUAUUCGCCUUCGUAUAAAGUCGCCAGAGUCCACACAUCAGGCUCUCUCGGCGUCUUAGUCCGUUUGUUUGUUUCGUUUUUUCGGCUCACUUUUUUGCACGCGCGCCUUUUCGGAAAUCUCUCUGCAGCCGAUGACAUCAUGCUGGACUUUCAGAAAUGCACGGCACAAGACCUCAAAGCCGCGGCGGCGAUCGAGAGGAAGCGCCGGAUAGAGGAGGAGCGCAAGCCGCGGAUUUUUAAUCCCAGGAUUCGCAGGAUAGGGAUAGACAAGGAGUAUCUGGAUAGGCAAGUCGAGGAGAAGAAGCGCCUGCAGGACUUGCAACGCGAGCAGGAAUGUCGACUGGACGAGGCUCUCCUUCGGAGCAGUCAGCUCGCGAUCGUGCAAGAGAAGCGGCUGGACGAAGAGCGACGGAAGCUGAACAAGGAGCUCAACACCUUCCGCCAGACUCACCAGAAGCCGGAGUUCCGCCGUGACUUCGAUCUCUACGAUCCUGAGCUCCUGAAGAAGUCCAAACCUCCGGGAGAGGACGGCGUGGACCCUGGCCUCGCCUCCGCGCAAAAAUUCGAGGGCGAGGACGAGAACCUGGUGGCCCGGCUCCGGGAGCAGCGCGAGCAGAUGCAGAGCUGGAUAAUGCAGCAGGUGCAAGAGCGCCGACUAGCCGAGCGAGAGAAGCGCGACACGGAACAGGCCUACCAGGAGGCUCUGCUCUCGAGGGACCGACGAGCCCUGGCUCUGGAGCACAUGGAACUCGAGUGUCGCCGGAGACUCAGCGAGGCCACCGCCAGGUUCAAUCGCGCUCUGGCAGAAGAGAAGGCGGAACGAAAGCGCUGCCGAGCUCUCCAGGACAACGAGGCCGCGAGGGCGGAAAUUUACAACCACGUAACCGGGGACUUCCUCACCGAGCCGAAGGACCAGGCGGAAAGCGUUCACGGUCCGAAGAAGUUGUUAGUCACCCGCUACAAGGGCAUGACCUCGGAACAGCUCAAAGUCAUUCGAGACGAACAGGCCAGGCAGAUGGAGGAGAUACAGCGAAUGCGAGCGGAGGAAAACGAGAAAAACGAGGAGUGGAAUCGGCUGAUGAACGGAAACGCCAGAGCCGCGGAAUCUUAUCAACGCGAACUGGAUCGCAGACGAGCCGAGCUGAACAGGCAGAUAGCGGAGGAGAACCUCAGACUGGCGGAGCAGCAGAGGUCCCAGCAAGAUUACUUGAAUCGUCACGUGUACAAGAACAAGCCUGGUCCUGAAUUUUACGCACAGUUCAACAAAAGCACUCGAUGAACUUUUAUUUCUCUUUGGAUUUUAUCGUUAUAAUAAUAACUGUGGAUAAAUCAUGUGCACACUUCUGAGAAUAAACGCUUCUUUUUUAUCGAUUUA